UUUUCGUUUUUAAAUUUCUCUUUUCGUUUUUAUUUAUUUCUUGUUUUUUCGAUUCUUCUGGAUUUGUUUUGUUUCCAGGUUUAUUUAUCUUCCUUUGAUUUCUUGUCUCUUACUGUUUUCAUUUGUCCAUGUUCCCAUUUUAACUGUCUCUUUCUGGGUUUUUGGCUGGUUUUAUUUCUCUUUCCAUCAUUCUGUUUUCAUUUCUUUUUCUUUAUUUCUUCUUCUUUAUUUCUUCCAGUUUUUCCUCAGCUUUUGUUUUAAUAACUCUGCUUUUAUUUCCUUUUCCGAAAUUCUACCUUUAUGUCUCUUUCUGCAUUUAUUUCCAUCGAUCAAGUUUCUUCUUCUUUUCCGGCUCUAUUUUUUUCUCUUUCGUUUCCUGUGUCCUUUCUUUCUCUCCAUGUUUCUGUCUUUUUGUCUCCGUAUUUGGAAAAAAAAAGAAAAAGAAAAAAGAAAGAAAAGUCAAAAAUAAAACAAACAAAAAAAGUGUCUUUCCCUAAUUCCUGGCACUUCUGCUUUCACUCAUUGCUGCCCCUGACUGUGCCCCGCUCGCUCCCGGCAGGGCGGCCGGGGCUGGCCCUGUGCGCGGGCUGCGGGGGCCGCAUCCAGGACCCCUUCCUGCUGCGGGUGUCGCCGGACCUGGAGUGGCACGUCGCCUGCCUCAAGUGUGCCGAGUGCGGGCAGCCCCUGGACGAGACCUGCACAUGCUUCCUGCGCGACGGCAAGGCCUACUGCAAGCGGGAUUACAGCAGGCUCUUCGGCAUCAAGUGUGCCCAGUGCCGGGCGGCCUUCAGCAGCAGCGACCUGGUGAUGCGCGCCCGCGACCACGUCUACCACCUGGAGUGCUUCCGCUGCGCAGCCUGCGGCCGACAGCUCCUGCCUGGCGACCAGUUCUGCCUGCGGGAGCGCGACCUGCUCUGCCGCGCCGACCACGGGCCGCCCCUCGACGGCGCCGCCGGCCGCGGGCCGCGCAGUCCCGCGCUGCCGCCGGCCGCCGCCGCCGCACACCUCGCAGAGCCGGUGCCCGGGCGGCCGCCUGUCCCGCGGCCGCCGGCGCACAAGGCAACGGAGAAGACCACCCGCGUGCGAACGGUGCUGAACGAGAAGCAGCUGCACACGCUGCGGACCUGCUACGCCGCCAACCCGCGCCCCGACGCCCUGAUGAAGGAGCAGCUAGUGGAGAUGACAGGGCUCAGCCCCCGCGUCAUCCGAGUCUGGUUCCAGAACAAGCGCUGCAAGGACAAGAAGAAGUCCAUCCUCAUGAAGCAGCUCCAGCAACAGCAGCACAGCGACAAGACGAGCCUGCAGGGCCUCACCGGGACACCGCUGGUGGCCGGCAGCCCCAUCCGCCACGAGAGCGCCGUGCAGGGCAGCGCCGUGGAGGUCCAGACCUACCAACCGCCCUGGAAGGCGCUCAGCGAGUUUGCCCUGCAGAGCGACCUGGAGCAACCCGCCGCUUUCCAGCAGCUGGUCUCCUUCUCAGAGUCUGGCUCCUUGGGCACCUCCUCCGGCAGCGACGUGACCUCGCUGUCCUCCCAGCUCCCCGACACCCCCAACAGCAUGGUGCCCAGCCCGGCCGAGACGUGAGGCGGCCCGGCCGCCCGCCGCCGCGGGACUUCCGCAUGCCUGCGCUCCCUGCAUGAGACACCCGGCCCCGGGCCGCUCCCAGAGCGCCGGACAAACGCCUUUGUUUUUUAAUUAUUCUUAUUUAAAAACAAACAAAAAAUGUGUUACUGACGGCCAAAAAAGCACCGGGAUCCUCGCUGCCUUCACCAGACUGGAGAGAGAGCCCUUGCCCUCAUUAUUUCGUUAUUUUGUUGUUUUGGUUUUGUUUUUUUUUUCCCUGCGGAUUUCGAUGUUUCUUUUCCCCAAAGAAACGCGGAUUUCCCCGCU